AGAUUUUUAUUUUAUUGGAUAUCAGAGUAAAAGAAAAGGGAUGAUUUGUAGAUCUUUAGUAAGAACAGCUUAUCUGUUCCAUAAUUCGGCUAUUUAUUCAAACUCCUGUUUAAUUUUUCCUGUACAAAAGGCAUUGAAAUGUUUUAAAGAUUCUCGUUAUAUAGGAUAUGUAUCACAUUAUGAGCCAGUUUCAAGUUCAUAUUUUACAACAAAAGAAGGAUUUAAUGAUGACUAUUUAUCAUUAGAAAAUAUUUUAAAGCGUUAUCAAACACUUCCUACAAUAUCUUUUGAGGAAGCACCUAAACGAUUAUGGAAGACUUUAAAUCAAUAUAGAGAAUCAGGAAAUAUAUUGGAAUCUAUAAAACCAUCAGAAUAUCGGAAAAUUAUACAACUUCUUGGAAGGAUUAAUAGAAUUGAUCCGAUGUUUAUGCCUCAGGAAGUCAAAGAAGUUCUUGAUAAAUAUUCUAGAGAAACAUCUGUUGUUAAAUUAAAAAUGCAAUAUACAGCUUCUUUAGAUGCUUCAGGGCGUUCACGUACAAUUGGACGAAGAAAAGAAGCUGUUUCUAGUGUAUGGAUGAUAAAAGGUGAUGGACAGGUACUUGUUAAUGGAAAAAUUCUUUAUAAAGCAUUUCCUCGAUUAUCCGAUCGACAAUCUCUUAUUUUACCAUUAAAAAUAACACAACGUCUUGAUCAAUAUAAUAUAUGUAUUAUUGUUAAAGGGGGUGGAUCUACUGGUCAAGCAGAAGCUUCUGCUCUUGCAAUUUCUCGAGGAUUGGUGAUUCAUGAACCUGAAUUAACAGAUCUUUUGCGAAAAAAUUCCUGUCUUACACCUGAUCCACGUCGUGUCGAGAGAAAAAAGCCUGGUCAACCAAAGGCACGAAAGAAAAAUACAUGGGUUAAACGAUAAACAUAUAAACUUAAAUAUUCAUAAUCAUAUGGAUUAUUUUUUUUGA